ACGCCAGGUAACGUUAAACUGCAUCUUCUGGAAAGCUGGAGCGUUCCCGAACUGCGAAUAAAAUCGGCACCAGGAAUUAAAAAUGAUCCAGACAUGGAGGGGCAAGAAGUAGGACGAUUUAUGGAUGACUCCAGUCGAAGUUUGGGGACGAAAAGCAUCCUAAAAACAACAACUACGGCUACGUUUUGAUACGUGAGUUUAGCUAGCUAGGUGGUCGUUAGCCACAAGCUAACGUUGAAAACUUCAAACUUUGCUGCACAAUUCGAAACUUAAAAAGGAAGAACUGGCGUUAAUAAGGCGAACUAAUAAUUAUAAUAAUUAAUAAAUGGAGUGGAUACAUCAACAAACGUCACAAAACGAAUAUGACGCUCGAAAACACAAUCCACCGUCCCGACUAGGUGUCGUACCAAAAUCCGUCCCUGCAGAAACCUGUUUCCCCGGCAACACAGGCUACGAUAAGACGCAGCCUGAAGAAUGGUGCGACAGCGGACUGGAUUCGUUCAUCAGCAGCACCAAUGGUCCCGAAUGCGCCCCGAUUCUUCCCGAACAGUCGUGGAGCGGAGGAGGCAAGCUGGACGGAGCCGACAGCGACAGGCUGGACUCUGCAAUCGGGGACUCGAUCAACGAAGACACGGUGCACGGUCUGUCGAAGCAGAUCGGUACCGUGAUCAUCAAGGAUACCGCCGACCAGGAGAGAGAUCAGAUCUACAGCACACUCAGCUUCAUAUCAGAUGAUGGAGACACGAUGCUUCACCUGGCACUAAUCCACGAGCAGUGGCACUUAUUUCAGCAGCUUCUGGAGCUUAUCACCCUCAACCCCACCUGGACCCCUUACCUGGACAUCCAGAAUGACCUAGGGCAGUCGGCGCUGCACCUGGCGGUGAUUCUGGGCAGCGGUGAGAGUGUGCGCUUGUUACUCGGUGCUGGAGCCAGUGUGGAGCUGCAGGAGAGAGCAGGAAACACUGCGUUACACCUGGCUGUGUAUGAACAACACGCUGAGUGUGUGAGAGCCAUUACUGCGUCCCACCGCACCCUCCCCCAACAUCUCAACAUCUACAAUUAUAAAGGUGUCGGUGCUCUCCACUUGGCCGUGCAGAAUGGAAGAUGCGACACCAUCAUCAUGCUGCUGGAGGUCGGAGCCGACGUGAACCUGAAGGAUCAGAGUUCGGGUCGCUCGCCGUUACACUGGGCCGUGGAGUAUCAGAACUGUGCCGCGGUGGAGCUGCUGGUCAAACGGGGAGCCGACGUAGACCAGAGCUCUUACGCCGGACACACGCCGCUCUACUGCGCCCUCUACAGGCCCAACAAGCGCCUGCAGGAGCUGCUCUGGGCCGCUGGAGCCUCCGACAAACGAGAUGAGAGAGAGGAGGACGAGGAUGAUGAUGAGGAGGUGGAAGUGGGGAAGGACAGCGACGAGGAGGAGUUCGACGACCUGCUCAUCAACGGACAGCGCGUGCUGUAGCCGGCGACACGGGCGUGGCCGGUCUGAACUGUGGGGGUCAGCCGAAAAAGUGCAUGUGUGAUUGUGUGUAAGCAAAUAGUUAAUUUAAACUGUUAAAUGUAUUUUGUUUACUUUAAGGGUCCUAAAAGUAAACAAAAUAAGGGGGGGGGGGAUUUAAACCUGUCUUGGCUGAUCGACUCCUUAUAAGGAAAACGUUGCGCUCGCGUUCGAUUUUGCGCCAAACUAUUCCUCUAAUCUGUGCGCGUGGCAGCAGCUUCAUCAUUUGUGCUUCACCUUCUGUAUUGUACCCCCUCCAUGAGGCUUUUCGGCGUGUUUUCUGGUUUUUCAAGCCCUCCUGAUGGGUGUUUUUGUUUUGUUUUUUAAUGUUUUCUCUCGAAGUCAAAUACAGUAACGGCGGCAGCUCAGUGUUUCAGAAUGAUCACAGCUCUUUCUGGUGGCGGUACGGUUGUGAGUUCAAUGCCAGGAUUGUGAGAUAAAUGUACAUAUUUAGACCCUGACCCUCUGUUCCAGGCUGUACAGUGAAAUUUGGUAAGCCACUUGUGGUGACGCGUUAAUGGCGUGACGGCGAAUCUAGAUGAGUUAUAUUAACGUUUAGCUAUGCUGGUAUAUCUAUAUAUGCAGAUUUAAGGUGCGGUCAGAUGUUUAUGUCCAUUUAUAAGUAUUUAUAGCAGGUGAUCUGAUAUCAGAGGCGUUUUAUUGAAGGGUUUUAUUUAGGGUGUUGGGCUAAACCUAGAAUCUAGUCAUAACAAACCUGACCUUUUAUUUGAUAUUAAAUUUGGGUUUCAUUUAUGGAUAUUUAUAUAUUUUCUGAGGUUCUUGGCAACAUGAUGCAGUGAUAUAAAACUUGUUCACAGUGCUGUCGUGCGUUCAGCUUGUAGCUUUAGGACGAUUUCUAACCUUUAAGAUUUGAUAUUCGGAAGGGAAUAAGAUGCGACACAGUAAGGAUGCCAGACUGGAUUGUGCUGUAGAGCUUUUCUUACAAUUUAACUGGUUUUAUUGUUUGAAUAUUCUUGAUGUGCUCUUAAUGAUCAGUCUCCGAGCUCUCGGUCAUAUAAGUGUCACCCGUCUGUAGUGUAUAGAGUUUUACGAAACGGGUGAAUUUAAAUGCUUUGAGUGGGAAAUAAAAUAAACCGAAUGAUUCAAACACCA